AUGGACGUGGUUUUGAUGUCAUCUUUUAUUGCUCGUCGCCGGCUCUUGACAUCUCGUGAAAAUGGUGACCUUCCUCAUGAGUUUGAGUAUGAGGUCGAUGUGAAAGUAACCUUUGCAAACCAAAGGCUCGGGAGGGCAUACAUUGGCCUCCGGGCCCGGAAAAAGGCAAUGUACUCCGACCCAUUUAAUACAACCGGAAACCGGGUUGGUGCCAAUGUGUGUGCCUAUAAUGGUGUGUUUUGUGCACCGGCUCUCGACGACUCAAGUCCGAGCGUUGUGGCGAGUGUUGACCUUAACGGUGCCGACAUUGCUGGGUACCUUCCGGAUGAAUUGGGGCUUAUGACGGAUGUUGCAUUGUUCCACAUUAACUCUAACGGGUUUUGUGGAAUCAUCCCCAAAAGCUUUUCCAAGCUCACACUCAUGUACGAGUUUGAUGUCGCAACAACCGUUUUUUUGCCUCCGGAACUAUUCAAUAAGGACCUCGACGCUUUGUUCUUGAAUGACAACCGGUUCACAUCCACCAUCCCGGAGACAAUAGGCAACUCCACGGUUUCGUUGUCACUUUUGCUAACAACAAAUUCACCGUCGCAUUCCACACGGCAUCGGCAAGAUGACCAACUUGAACGAGGGGAGGCUCAAGCUUGCGUGCCUCCAUCAAGGAAGAAUAUCGUGUUGGAUGAUACCGACAAUUGCCCGUCUAACGAGCCAAAGCGAGAAGUCGACCGGGACAUGUUACCCGGUGCAUCUACACCAACACCAACACCACCAACACUAACACCAUCAUCAUCACCGAUCCCCGCCCCUCAAGCACCCGACUCACCAAAACCAAAACCCGAGUUACCGCCGACCGUAGUUGAACCAAUUAGUCCAUCAACUCCAAAGACAUCCUUAUCGCCAUCUCCAUCAAUUAAUCCAUCCGCCCCAUCACUCGAUCCAUACAAUCGGGGACUCGGUGGACACGGCGAGGCACCACAAUCACCGGAGUCCGCACCGUCACCCGAUCCAUACAAUCGGGGACCCGGUGGACACGGCGAGGCACCACCAUCACCGGUGUCCGCACCAUCACCCGAUCCAUACAAUCAAGGACCCGGUGGACACGGGGAGGCACCACAAUCACCGGAGUCCGCACCGUCACCCGAUCCAUACAAUCAAGGACCCGGUGGACACGGGGAGGCACCACAAUCACCGGAGUCCGCACCGUCACCCGAUCCAAUUGGUAAUUCACCUAUUGGGCAUGAUGAGCCACCACCACCACCACCAUCUUAUAUAUCUAUACCACCAUCAUCUUCAAUUAGUCCAUCAACACCGGAGAUACCCGUAACUCCAUCACCGGAGGUCGCACCAUCACUCGAUCUAUAUAAUCCAAGAUUUGGUGGGCAUAGCGAGACACCACCAUCACCAUAUAAAACAUUUACACCAUCGUCACCCUCAAUUAGUCCAACAGACAUCGGAGAUACCCGCAACUCCAUCGAGUCCGCACCAUCACCCGAUCCAUAUAAAGGAGGACCUAUUGGGCAUGGCUAUGGCGAGACACCACCAUCCCCAACCCCUUCACCAAAGCCGGAGGUACCGAGACCAUCACAACAACCAAAAACACCGGUUGUAAAUCAUCACUCUCCUGCACCGCCGGUUCACUCACCUCCACCACCGCCAUCCCCGCCCCUCCAGGUGCAUUCACCUCCACCACCACCGUACAAUCACCCCCACCACCGGUCCACUCUCCCCACCACCGGUCCACUCUCCACCACCACCGUAAGCUCACCCCCACCCCGGUCCACUCUCCACCACCACCGUGCACUCACCCCCUCCACCACCACCGCGUUCACUCUCCUCCACCACCGGUACACUCACCCCCACCACCACCAGUUCACUCUCCUCCACCACCAGUACAUUCUCCCCCACCUCCACCGAGUGCACUCACCCCCUCCACCGGUACACUCACCCCCACCACCGGUUCACUCACCUCCACAUUCACCCCGCCAGUUCACUCACCCCCACCACGCACAUUCACUCACCUCCACCACCAGCUUCAAUCUCCUCCACCACCGGUACAUUCACCCCCACCACCACCACUAG